AGGCGCCAGUUGCUGCAGAGCGGUGGGGAGUGGCGGGGGCGCCGCAUGCAGCGCGCUGGCUCCGGCGGGGCCCGCGGGGAGCGUGACAUCAGCGGGCGGCGGGAGCGGAGCGCUAGCCCGGGCUGCGCCCUGCACACCUCGCCCGGGGGCGGACGCGGACCCCGGCCGGCAGCCGGCAUGUCUGCCAAGGAGAGGCCGAAGGGGAAAGUGAUCAAGGACAGCGUCACCCUCCUGCCCUGCUUCUACUUCGUGGAGUUGCCUAUUUUGGCAUCAUCGGUGGUCAGUCUGUAUUUCCUUGAACUCACGGAUGUCUUCAAACCGGUGCAUUCCGGAUUUAGCUGCUAUGACCGGAGUCUCAGCAUGCCGUACAUCGAACCUACCCAGGAGGCAAUUCCCUUUCUUAUGUUGCUCAGCUUGGCUUUCGCUGGACCCGCAAUUACGAUUAUGGUAGGGGAAGGAAUUCUCUACUGUUGCCUGUCCAAAAGAAGAAAUGGGGUUGGACUGGAGCCCAACAUUAAUGCCGGAGGCUGCAACUUCAACUCUUUUCUUAGAAGAGCUGUCAGAUUCGUUGGAGUGCAUGUUUUUGGGCUAUGUUCUACAGCUCUCAUUACAGAUAUCAUCCAGCUGUCCACAGGCUAUCAGGCCCCAUACUUUCUGACUGUGUGUAAACCAAACUAUACUUCUCUGAAUGUGUCUUGCAAAGAAAAUUCCUACAUUGUGGAAGAUAUCUGCUCAGGAUCUGAUCUUACUGUUAUUAAUAGUGGCAGAAAAUCAUUCCCUUCUCAACAUGCGACUCUCGCUGCCUUCGCCGCUGUAUAUGUGUCGAUGUACUUCAAUUCCACAUUAACGGAUUCUUCUAAGCUUCUGAAGCCUCUCUUGGUCUUCACAUUUAUCAUCUGUGGAAUUAUCUGUGGGCUAACACGAAUAACUCAGUAUAAGAACCACCCAGUGGAUGUCUAUUGUGGCUUUUUAAUUGGAGGAGGAAUUGCUCUGUACUUGGGUCUGUAUGCUGUGGGGAACUUUCUUCCUAGUGAAGAGAGUAUGUUUCAGCACCGAGAAGCCCUUAGAUCUCUGACCGACCCCAAUCAAGACCCCAAUCGAGUUCUAGCUGCCAAAAGCGGAGGCGGCAGUGAUGGGAUCGCUCACACCGAAGGCAUCCUCAAUCGCAACCCCAGAGAUGCCAGCUCGCUCAAGAGAGCCAACGCUGACGUGGAGAUCAUCACCCCACGGAGCCCCAUGGGGAAGGAGAACAUGGUCACCUUUAGCAAUACCCUCCCGAGAGCCAACACCCCCUCCGUAGAAGACCCGGUCCGGAGAAACGCCUCCAUCCAUGCCUCGAUGGACUCGGCGAGGUCCAAGCAGCUCCUCACCCAGUGGAAGAAUAAGAAUGAAAGCCGGAAGCUGUCCCUGCAGGUCAUCGAGACGGAGCAGGGACAGUCACCACCCCGGUCCAUCGAGAUGAGGUCGAGCUCCGAGCCUUCGCGGGUGGGGGUCAACGGAGACCACCAUGGUCCCGGCAACCAGUACCUCAAGAUCCAGCCCGGCAGCGUCCCCGGGUGCAACAACAGCAUGCCGGGGGGGCCCCGAGUGUCCAUCCAGUCCCGCCCCGGGUCCUCGCAAUUGGUGCACAUCCCCGAGGAGACCCAGGAGAACAUCAGCAGCUCCCCGAAAAGCAGCUCUGCGCGCGCCAAGUGGCUGAAGGCGGCGGAGAAGACGGUGGCGUGCAGCCGGGGCAGCAGCCAGCCGCGCAUCAUGCAGGUCAUCGCCAUGUCCAAGCAGCAGGGCGUCCUGCAGAGCAGCCCCAAGGGCACGGAGGGCAGCUCGGUCUCCUGCACCGGCUCCAUCCGCUACAAGACCCUGACGGACCACGAGCCCAGCGCCAUCGUGCGCGUCGAGGCGCACCCCGAGAACAACCGGCCCGUCAUCCAGAUCCCGUCCACCGAGGGCGAGGGCAGCGGCUCGUGGAAGUGGAAGGCGCCGGAGAAGGGCAGCCUGCGCCAGACCUACGAGCUCAACGACCUCAACCGGGACUCCGAGAGCUGCGAGUCCCUCAAGGACAGCUUCGGCUCCGGGGACCGCAAGCGCGGCAACAUCGACGGCGCCGAGCACCACCACCACGGCAUCACCACCAUCCGCGUCACGCCGGUGGAGGGCGGCGAGCUGGGCUCCGAGUCGCUGUCCGUGUCCUCCUCCCGCGACUCCACCCUGCGCAGGAAGGGCAACAUCAUCCUGAUCCCCGAGCGGGGCAGCAGCCCCGAGAACACGCGGAACAUCUUCUACAAGGGCACCUCGCCAACGCGCGCGUACAAGGACUGAGUGGGGACAGCCCCGCGCGCCCCCGCCCCCCAAAUCACCUGUUGAUUCUGUCUGUGCUCUGGUCCGGUGGGUUGGGAAACCUUCCCGCCCGACUGGACGAGCCACCGUCCGACCCCACUUAGCUGACUGUUGAGGACCACUUCACUCAAGUUCCUAGGUUUCACAAUGAGAAGGAAAAGCACAAUGCAAGAACCUGCGUCAUCCUGCGAAGACACUUCUUCAGACAUCAUCAAAAUAAAGUGGUUUCCUUCCAUGCAUACUAUUUUGUUUCCUGAAUGUGCCAACACGAGGGAUGUUCCUUUAGGAUGAGCCGUGGGAAACCAGAACACACGUUUUUCCCUGCAGCAGAGGCCAUGCGGAAUUAUAUAUUCAUUUUGCAAAAUCUGCACCUCAAGUUCAAAGUGUCUGGUGCUGAUUACUAUAGUAUAUAUAAUAUGUAAGCUCUCAAAUUCUAUUUAGCUGUGAAAUAGUGGUGUGCAAUUCCUCGUCAAAGAAAUGCUACUGUAUUCCGAAGAGGCUGGCUCCUUUGUGUUAGAGUAGGACACCCCGCAGCUUUGCCACAGUGGGUCUGUCAAAGUCAAAAAGAAUGAAAAGGUUUCAUGCAUUUCUUUCAAAGUUAUGCUUUCUAUCACAAAAAAAUGUAAGAAUAUUUUCAGUGAAAGGGAAUAACUAGUAUGUUCCGAAUAUUUUUUCUCCUUUUUUUAUUUUCGUAUAGAUACUGCUAAUGAUGAUUGUUUUUUUUAGUGAGUAGAUUUACAUAACUACAUAUUGUUUUAAGAGCAUCUUUUGAAAUGAUUGUGACCAUAUUUUGCAUUUUGUGGCUUCUCUUUUAUUUAUUGUUUUUAAAAGAUGUUGAUGUUAUAAAUAAGUUAUCCUAUUUCUAAAGCAAAAUAAUAGUUGACAUUCCUUGAACAAAAUAUACUGCUGUGAAUUUACAAAUAAGAAAUCUGAACUAAAACUUGACAUUGUAGGUUAUGUUGCCAGCUAUGUUGGUCAAGUCUACCCUCAGAUGUCUCUCAUCAGCUGACUUGGGUUGCUAUCUUAUCAAGAAAUCCAAAAAUUCUCUUUGGUCCUGGUUAUUAACAUGUUGAUAUCAUGAUAACCAGCAAAUUAGAGCCACUGGUUAGAUAUUACCUUCUUCCCUAAAAUGUUUUUGUUAGACACCAACAGAAAACAUUUCGAAAAAAAAGAAUAUUGAUAAGAAAAGGUAUCAUAAUAUUAUGAAUUAAGAAUGUAUUUCUUCAAAAUAUCUAAACUGGCACAGUUUUAGUGCUUAGCAUACAAACACCAAUUUUUGCUACCUAUCCUAAAUAAAGCCUUCAGCCUAAAUCAAAGGAAACCAUUACUAUCAAUAAUAAGAAGAUACAAACAAAAUAUUUUGAAAUAUUUACCAACUGGAAAUUUUAAAUAUAAAGAAAUAUUUGGUUGCUAGAGUUUGGUAUUCAACAUUUUUUACAUUGUUUCUUAAGAAUUCUAAUAUAAACUUGAUGAUUGCCCAGGGGUUAAAAGGGAACAAAUAAAACUAGUUGACAGGUUCUCAGUUAAGUUUCAAAUGAGAACAAAAAUUUUAAAAAAUGUAUUUAGAGCCGAAGAGAACCGCAUAACUACAGUAAAAGGGCAGAGCUCUCUAGAGUCACCCAUCUCCCAAAGCAUUAGGGAUUUAGCUGAAACCAGCAGAACUGAAAAUUCUGGCAAUAAAAUACAGAUUCAACUAUAUCCCUGAGGGCAGUUUCCUUCUCUGAAAGGGAAGUGGGAGCUAAAUGUUGCCUUUCCCACUUACCACCACCACCACCACCACCACCAUCACAACAUUCCUGCUGGCAUUUGCUAGUGCGUCGAGGGUCGGUGGGUUGGUUUUAGUACACUGAAGAACUAAAAAGCUGCAACAUUUCAGGUGCAGUGUGUUAUUUCCUAAUCUUUCCUAUUUCUAACAAAAGAUUUUAAGAUACUUCUCUAGUCAUGGAAGUUUUUUUUUCUUUACAUAAAUAUUGAGAUAUUCUUUUUCUACUCAAAGUGCCAAAGGCUACCGUUUUUAAUGACUUAAUGAAUUGUACCACAUUGUUAAGGAAAUCCAAUAGUUGCUAGAACUCAGACCUCUGCAUGUAUAUUUGAUAACACAUCUUUUUGUAAAAAAGACAAAUACAAAAAAAGAUUUGUUUACAUUCCACUAGUACCUUAAUUUAAAACAAAUGAGACUAACAGAUGGUGUCUCUUCUUAGUGUUCUAUUGAUCUUAUUUGCUAAUGAGAACACUUCUUCCUUUGUUAGGCUGUGUGCUUUACUGAAGAAAUCAAGUAUUGAAUAUAGAGAUCUAAUUAUCUUUUUAAAGUAAAUAAAAUUAUGAAUAUAUAAUAUAUAUAAAGUAUUGUGUUUAAUAAAAUGUUAUGCAAUGUUUUCCAAACUGAUAAAGUUUGUAAAGUGCUAUAAUGUAUUUUGUUAAGUAAAAAUCAGAGCUAUUGUGUGAGUAUAUUGUGCUAACAUCAUAGAAAUAAAGAUUAGAUUUCUUCACCAAA